AUGAUAAGAUUUAUUAAUAUUGGAAGAAUAUAUAUGUUAGAUAAUAUUGUUAACACCCAACGAUCAUCAUCUGUCAAGCAUGCAGAAAGACUAAGCCAGUCCUCACAUAGAGAAAGCAUAAGUACAGCUUCUGAUACCCCGUCUAGCACUCUUAAAUGCACAAAACCCAAGCCUGUGAAGUUAAUGAGGGCUAUUCCUUUAAAUAGAAUAAAAGCAUUUGAGGAGCCUGAAAUUCAAAUAAAACCAUCAAAGACUUCACUAAUAAUAGAUACUCCGCCAAAAUCUUGCAAUGAAAAUGAGUUUGUAUACACUACGCAUUUAUCGCCUUUGAGAAUUCCGUCACCUGAUGAAUCUAUGAUAUUGAUCUCGACAACACAAAUUCCUAAAAAGAAAAAAGCUAAAAGGCUGUUGAUAAGUGAAGAAAAAGACAUCACUUAUAUCAGGCCUACACAUAUAGAACUAAUACAAGGGCUAAAAAAGAUUAGAAGCUUGACUUUGCCUUUCCCAUUUGCCCCUGAACUCCAAAAGCCAGAUCUACGUAAUUUCUAUUUACUCCCCCCCCCUCCGUGAGUGAACAAAACCAUUAGAAAAAAUCCCUAUAUUUUUUGCCCAAAAAGCCACCCUCCGUGAGUGAACAAAAAUUUUUUAUGGAAAAAAAAUUUUAUAUAUAUGUGAUAAUUAUUAUAAUGAAAUCAGAGCUAAUUCUGUUUAUUUUUAAACGAAUUGCUUUUUAAAACAUAAAUUUUGCAAAUUGAAUUAAUAUUUGCUUUCCAAUUUUUGCGAAUUAGGAUUUUUUUAAAUUUCGAAAAAAAAUAUUUUUUAUAAAAUUUAUAUAUAAAUUUUUUUAAAAAAAAAAAAAUUAACCCCCCUCCGUGAGUGAACAAAAUUUUUUUGUUCACUCACAGAGGGGGGGAGUUAGCAUUUUCUUUAAGAAGUAGAUCAGCACGCAAGCAUUUUAAAAAAAAUAAAAUUGAGUAUAUUGUGCCUAAGAAUCCUAUAGAACUUGGCACAUUGCUGAAGAAAAUGAAAGAAACUGAAAGAGUCCUUAGACAGGAAAAUAAUUUUUCGAAAAAAAUUAGAAAUUUAAAACCUGAAAUACAGCUUACAGAAAUACAGCAGGAUAAUAGUGUACAGAAAAAGAAAAAACAUAAUAAAAGUUUCGAAAUACAUGGAGGAAGAAUUGUGAAGCCUUGUAUAAUACCGAAUUCGGGGCUGAUUAUUCAGAAUACCAAAUCUUACAAUAGCUAUGAAUAUAUAUAG